AUGCUCACCGACCUGAUUAAACUCGACUCUUCACCAAUCUACGAACCUAACAGCUCGUCGAAACGGGAUGAGGCACCACCGCGUGCUCCUGUCAUCCAGACUCUCAUCCCACCGAUGACCUCGUUAAACAGCUCGUCGAAACGGGAUGAGGCACCACCGCGUGCUCUUGUCAUCCAGACUCUCAUCCCACCGAUGACCUCGUUAAACAGCUCGUCGAAACGGGAUGAGGCGCCACUGCGCGCUCAUGUCUUCCAGACUCUCGUCCCACCGAUGAGCUCGCCAAUGAGCAGCUUGAACAUUCCAGAUUCAAGCAAAUCGGAGAUAGGAUCUCAGCCAACAGAGCGACUUCCAUCUCCACCUCCAAAGCUAUCAGUCCAUGAAAUUUUGAGCUCGCAGCCUCCCGCAACAGCUCGAACUGUUGUGAACGGAAACUAUCAACAGUUUCCCGCAACAAAUGAUCUAGUCGAUCGAGCUCAAUUUCAUAGAGCAAACGAUCCGACAGAUCUAGCUCGAUUGACAAAAGCAAACAACUCGUCAAAUCGAGCUCUAUCCCAUCCGAUUCCAGCUAAUCGGAUUCCUGUCGAUCCGCGAAACCUUUUGGACUGCGAAUCUUUCGAAAGAUUCCAGGACCAAACAAACCUCGCAUUCCGGCAAGCGAACUCAACGUUUAACCAAACAAUGAGUUCGAUUCCGGAUAUCGACAAAGUAAUCAGGGAGACACAACGAACUCCCUUCUCAUCCAGGAUCGCUAACACCUGUCUGCGCGAUACUUACAAGCUAUGUAUCCCAGAAUACUCUGGUAACAGCGAUCCACGAGCUUAUAUCCGAGCUCUUUAUCUCGAAAUUCUUCGAGCUCAAUUUUCUCCUGAAGAGAUAGAAGCAGCUUCUGCCAACUCUUUGCUGAAAACCUAG